UACCCUUUCUUCCUCUUCUUCUUCCUCCAAAAAUUCAUCUGUUCCAUCUACUGCAGAAAUGGACUCAUCCGACGAUGAAGGAGAGGAGUAUUUGUUCAAAGUAGUCAUAAUCGGAGACUCGGCAGUCGGCAAAUCAAACCUGCUUUCUAGAUACGCUAGGAAUGAGUUCAAUAUGCACUCCAAGGCCACCAUCGGAGUUGAGUUCCAGACUCAGAACAUGGAGAUCGAUGGCAAGGAGGUUAAAGCUCAGAUUUGGGACACCGCCGGUCAAGAACGCUUCCGUGCCGUUACCUCCGCUUACUACCGCGGUGCUGUUGGUGCGCUCAUUGUUUACGAUAUCACUCGUACCACUACCUUCGAUAGCGUUCCCAGAUGGCUUGAAGAACUCAAAACUCAUUCAGACACAACAGUGGCAAUGAUGUUGGUGGGGAACAAAUGUGAUUUGGGUAACAUUAGAGCUGUAAGUGUGGAAGAUGGCAAGAACCUAGCAGAGAAAGAAGGAAUGUUCUUCAUGGAAACAUCUGCACUUGAUUCCACAAACGUUAAAACAGCUUUCGAGUUAGUUAUUAAGGAGAUUUACAACAACGUUAGUCGUAAAGUAUUGAAUUCUGAUUCAUAUAAAGCCGAGUUAUCUGUGAACAGGGUAACGCUUUCAAACAAUGGUGCUGAUGGUUCAAAGCAAAGUCGAAGCAGAUACUCUUGUUGUUCUUGAAAACAAGAGUUCUUUCAUGAGUUGUACCGUUAUAGACUGAUUGUGAUUUGACCUUUUUUAUCAUAUUUAUUUUUUUUAGAAAUCGAUUGCUUUGUGCCUGGAUUUUAUGGUGUAUAGUAUAAAUUUCAAAAUAUGAUUGGUUA